AUGGCUGGUGUCUGGACAUUGGCCAACAUUAUCCUAAUAGCAACUGUUGUCUUUGAGAAGGGAGGGUAUGUUGGACUGCCAGGAUUUCCAGGAAUUCCAGGAAUACCAGGUGGGAUAGGGAUGCCUGGGUUACCAGGGAUUCCAGGUUUACCAGGAGUGCCAGGAAUUCCAGGACUAACUGUGAAAUGUCCGUGCAACACAAUAUCAGCCUUCACCAUGAAGCUCAGUGGCAAGCUGUGUUCACCUGUUAAGCCCAUCACCUUCACAGAGGUGCUGUACAAUGACCAGGGGCACUUACAAGAGGAUACGGGUGUCUUCACCUGCAGGGUACCAGGCAAUUACCAUUUCCACUUUGAUGCAGAGCUCCAACUCUGCACGAUGAAGAUUUGGAUGAUAAGGAACAAGAUACAAGUCUUGGAAAAGCGUCAGGUCUCUGCAAAGGAGUACAGGAAUCUCUCUGGCACAUUGACCCUGCAACUGAGCUUAGGGGAGAAGGUGUGGCUAGAAGCAGAAGUGGAAUCUGAGCAACCAGACCAAGGCACUGUGACCAUCUAUUCCUCAGGUUUCCUGAUGUAA